UUCUCGCUCACGCACACCACCUACGCCGUGUUUGUAGUGUGAGAGAGCGUGACUAGUGCGAGGCAGCAGUUCGAGAAGGAGAGUCGUCGACGAAGUAUACACUUCCUCGAUUGCAGUUACAGCGCCCGGGUGCAAUAACCAGGGAAGUUUCUUGAGUUGGACGUGUCAUUAAACGGAUAUUGUAUGAGUCAAAAAAUAGAAAAGCCAGUGUUGUCAGGUCAACGCAUCAAGACCAGAAAGAGAGAUGAAAAAGAAAAAUACGAUCCAACUGGAUUUCGUGAUGCUGUUAUUUCCGGUCUUGAGAAGGCUGGUAACGACUUAGAAGCUAUUUCAAAGUAUCUUGAUACUGCUGGUUCUAAGUUAGAUUACCGUCGUUACGGUGAAGUCCUUUUUGACAUAUUAAUAGCUGGAGGUCUUUUGGUACCUGGAGGUUCCAUUGCUCAAGAUGGAGAUAAACCAGUCAAAACAACUGCAUGCGUCUUUGAACAACCAGAAGAUAUGGAAUCCCUGCGAAACUUUGAGCAGGUGUUUCUCAAGCUUACACGACGGUACAAAUACUUGGAAAAAAUGUUUGAAGAGGAAAUGAAAAAGGUUCUUGUUUUCAUCAAAGGAUUUACUCCAAAAGAAAGAACCAAAUUGGCAAGGAUGACUGCUUUAUGGAUUUCCAAUGGAGCUGUUCCACCGAUUGUGCUCUCUGUUUUAAUUAAUGAGCAUCUCAUAAAAGAUAAUCUUGCACUAGAUUUCCUUCUAGAAGUUUUUGUUACAUGGAAGCAAGAAAAAGGCCUACCAAGUUUACUUAAUGCACUUAAACGAGGAGGUAUUGAAGGAAGGUUGAUGGAAUUUGUACCACCAAACAAGAGGACUGAUGAGUAUUUUAGAUCAGUUUUUGAAAAUGCCGAUUUAGCUGACAUAGUAAAACUUCAUAAAGCUCAAGCAAGUCAAGAAGCAAAACGCGAUCUUCAACAAUUACUUAUUGAUGAUUUAGCUGAUAAUAAACCCAUAAAAGACAUAGUAAAUGAUCUCAAAGAAAUGGCUCAACGUAGUAAUAUUCCUGAGCAUGAUAUCAUUGGACUGAUUUGGAAUACAGUUAUGAGUCAAGCUGAGUGGAACAAAAAAGAAGAAUUAGUCGCCGAACAAGCACUGAAACACUUGAAGACUUAUACACCAUUGUUUGGCGCAUUCACAAACACUGCCAAAUCUGAGCUUGCUCUACUGCUCAGAGUUCAAGAAUUCUGUUAUGAAAAUAUGAACUUCAUGAAAGCUUUUCUGAAAAUUGUUUUGCUCUUCUACAAAACUGACGUAAUAUCAGAAGAAGUGAUUUUGAGGUGGUACAAAGAUGGUCAUUCAGUUAAAGGUAAAAUGCUCUUUUUGGACCAAAUGAAGAGCUUUGUUGAAUGGUUGCAAAAUGCAGAGGAAGAGUCUGAGUCUGGAGAAGAUGAUGACUAAUCAGUAUAA